GUUUCACUUUCCUAAUGAUUAGUAUUCCGCUAAUAUGAUAAAAGAAAUUUGGAAAGUCUUAGUUUUGAUGUCUUUUCCUCCUAUGAGCCACCGUUGCUAGUGUCGUCCAUGAAGUAUUAUUGCGAAUUUUGACAUCACAUCACAAAGCAUAGCUUAAUGAGUUCAUCAGGCAUUCCAAACUAAAACACAGAAGAAAUCUGCCAAGUUUCUCAGCAGCAGAUUUAUUUAUAUGACAUUAACAGGUAACAGCAGCAGAGAGAAAAUAAUAUGCAGGGAUCUGGAGUUGUUGGCCAUUUAACAGAGCCCAUCAUGCGGCCGUUAUUGCUUUUACCUGGAAAAUCAUCCGCUGCCUUCCUCUUGCUUGUGUUCCUGCUCGUCGGCAUGCUUCUCUCUACGCGCUUCCAGUUCAAUGCUAUCACUGGCUAUUCGGCUCCCAAGUCGACAGUGCCUUUAGAAAAGCCCGAUAACAGACUCGUAAUCCCACUCAACUGCCAUGCACUCAACCUCACUCGAACCUGCCCUACUGAUUACCCUUCAACUUCUUCACAAGAUCCUAACCGUUCAUCACCUCCCACGUGUCCCGAAUACUUCCGUUGGAUCCAUGAAGAUUUACGUCCAUGGGUCCGGACGGGCAUCACCAGGGAAACGAUGGAGAGAGCUAAAGCAACAGCUAAUUUCAGAUUGGUGAUACUGAAUGGCACAGCUUACUUGGAAAUGUACGAGAAAUCUUUUCAGACUAGAGAUGUUUUUACGCUGUGGGGAAUUCUACAGUUGUUACGUAAGUAUCCGGGCAGAGUGCCUGAUUUAGAGAUGAUGUUUGAUUGCGUCGACUGGCCAGUAGUCAAGUCCGUUGAUUAUAGUGGGUCCAGUGCUAUAUCCCCACCUCCCUUGUUUCGGUACUGCGGGAAUGAUGAGACGUUGGAUAUUGUUUUUCCUGAUUGGUCCUACUGGGGAUGGGUGGAGACAAAUAUAAAGCCAUGGGAGAAGAUAGUGAAGGACCUAAAAGAAGGGAAUCAGAGGAGUAAAUGGAAGGAAAGGGAACCAUAUGCUUAUUGGAAAGGGAAUCCAAAUGUUGCUGAGACCAGGCUAGAUCUUAUGAAAUGUAAUGUCUCUCAAGAACACGACUGGAAUGCUCGUUUAUAUACACAGGAUUGGGUCCGAGAAUCACAGCAAGGAUACAAGCAAUCGGAUUUGGCAAAUCAAUGCAAUCACAGGUAUAAGAUCUAUAUUGAGGGGUCUGCAUGGUCAGUCAGUGAAAAGUAUAUUCUUGCCUGUGAUUCAGUUACUCUUAUCGUGAAGCCCCACUACUACGAUUUCUUUACAAGAGGAUUGAUGCCAAAUCACCACUAUUGGCCUAUUAAGGAGGAUGACAAAUGCAAAUCUAUUAAGUUUGCUGUCGACUGGGGUAACAGCCACAAGCAAAAGGCACAGGCCAUUGGAAAGGCAGCAAGCGAUUUCAUUCAAGAGGACUUGAAAAUGGACUAUGUGUAUGAUUAUAUGUUUCAUCUGUUGAAUGAAUAUGCUAGGCUUUUGACAUUUAAGCCGACAAUACCUCAAAAUGCUACUAAGCUCUGUGCAGAAACAAUGGCUUGCCCAGCAGAUGGAUUAGCCAAGAAACUUAUGAUGGAUUCUAUGGUGGAGGGUCCAGCAGACACAAGCCCAUGCACCAUGCCUUCUUCUUAUGAUCCUUCAUCUCUUUAUAACGUGACAAGGGAAAAAGUAAAUGCAAUAAAGCAGAUUGAGUUAUGGGAGAACAAACACUGGGAGAAUCAAAGCAAGCAGUCUUGAAGUGGUUUUAUCCGAGCUAUAACCGACAUAGGCGUUGUCACUUUAUUUUUAACAUAUACAAAUGAACAUGCAUAGGCUUAAAUUUAUUAGUUUGUUAACGUUCUGUAUUGUCCCUCCUUUUUAAUUCUUAGACAGGUGAAUAAAAAUAUGAUCAGUGAGGCAUCUUAUAGUUCAGAUUAUUA